AUGGAGAUUAAUGAACAGAUGGAACAACAACUCAAUAUCAAAUUUUUGGUGAAACUUGGGAAAAACUCUCAGGAAAUUCAUGAAAUGUUGAGGGCUGUUUAUGGAAGUAACGCACUGAAGAAAACAGCUCUUUUCAAGUGGAUCAAGCGCUUCAGUGAGGGCUGUGAAGACUGCACGGAUGAUGCAAGGCCAGGACGACCGUCGACCUCCUGUAUUGAUCAAAACAUUGAACGUGUGCGGUCUCUAGUGCUUUCCGAUCGUCGACUCACUGUCCGGAUGAUUACUGAUCAACUGAAUUUAGGAAAAUCAUGUGUGCACACGAUUGUAUCAGAACAUUUGGAGUUCAGAAAAUUGUGUGCAAAAAUUGUCCCAAAGUUGCUGACACCUGACCAAAGGUUAAGAAGGACCGAAUGCUGCACUGACUGGAAAAACUCCGUUCAAACUUCCGGUUGGCUUGAAAGGAUCAUAACUGGUGACGAAUCAUGGUUCUAG